AUAUCUAUUUAGUUGUUUCAGUUUAGCCUUACAAUGAAAUUUGCUGCUGUGUUGUGCGUCUUCUUGGGACUAUUUGGUCUAUCCUUGGGCUCAAAAGACCCUGUUUGUGAAGAGGAGCCUAGUGUUGUCGGUAUGUGUAGAGCCGUUACUCCUAGAUGGUCUUACUUUACUGAGUACAACGACUGCAGACUUUUUAACUAUGGCGGAUGUUCGGGAAACCAAAAUAACUUUGUAGAUCAAGAAUCGUGCGUGGAAACGUGCGUCAAUUAGAUUUUCACAAUGAUAAAUUAUUAUUUGUAAUAAAUUGAAUUUGGUAAAUAGAAAUUGAGAGAGA